UAAUUUAGGGGGGGGGCUAGGGGGGAGGGUAGGGGGCGAUAAUUCAUCAAUGAAGAAUGUGAGUGCACAUGAGUAUCUCCAGCCCGGGUGGAUGAAGCCCUCGGCGGUGACAUGCGUCUUGCCCCACAGCCCAGUGCGCAACCCUUGCGGCUUGUAGUAGUGCUGCUUCUUACCACGGCGGCGGGCGCAUCCCCGAUGCUCACCCCGGGCUGCCCCGACAAGUGCGUGUGUGAUGAGCAGCUGGUGGUCCAGUGCGCCGGGCAACAGUUGAGCACCUUCCCGAGCAACGUGCCCCUGGCCACGCGGCAGCUCAUCAUCUCCAACAACCGCAUCGGGGAGCUGCCCGCGCUUUGGCUCAACUACCUGUCCGACCUGGUGUACCUGGACUGCAGCAACAACUCGCUGACAGAGAUAUCGGAGUCGACGUUCGGGAAUCUCCGGAAGCUGGCAUACCUUGACCUCUCUUUUAACACUUUGACCCGCAUCGCGGAUAGGACGUUCGGUCCUUUGGCAACUCUGGUGAUGCUGAGGAUGACGGACAACCCGGGGCUCUCGGAGGUUCACCCAGAAGCCUUCAUGGAAAACGCAGCUCUCCAGGUCCUGGAUAUGAGCCGGAACAAUCUGACGGUGCUCAACAUCACCACCCUUAUCGCGCUGCCGGUCCUUCGCUCCCUGGGACUCAGCGGAAACCCGUGGACCUGCGAGUGCGAUAAUGAGGAUCUCUGCCUUUGGAUCCACCUGGAGGGAUUUAAAUUUCAAGAUGAGGGCCAGACUGUGUGUGGGACGCCUGAAGACAAGGAAGGCCAACGCCUGGGUGAGUUGGGUAUGGAGCUACGGACCUUAUGUCACCAGACUCUGGACUCCUUGGACUACCUUUUCUUUGUCUUAAUCGGCUUUGUCAUCUUUGCUGCCGGCACUGUGUCAGCCUGGGUGAUGGGCACAGUGAUGGUUUUCUACGAGCGAUAUAUCAAGAAAAAAUCCCAGCAGCCCGAUACGGACGAGGAGGACGAAACUAGUGACCAGAACAAUACCUCCCGCGCCCAGAGCGACCUCGGUAAUGGAAAACUCUUAACCUCACAAAACGUUUAGGAUCUAAGAUGUCUUCCCUGCCCACUGUAGAUACCCACAGUGCCUCCUGUCAACUUCCAGAACUGUCCAUGAAGAUCAUCAGGACUGAUACCGUACCUGCAGUGUUUGCCAGAUGUCCGUCGGGUGAUGGAACGCGCUGAGUAACAUUGAGGUGGAAAAACUGUCAUAGUUUCUGUUAUUAUGGGUGGGAGCAGAACUCCAUCGUUAAGAACUAUAUAACCUACUGGUUUGACGUAGAAUGUUACGAGACCAAACGUGGUAUUUUAUGCGAGCAACAGCAACAGAGGCGUCAUUUUCAAAUUUGUCCUCCAUCUGUGUGUGAACUGGACUAUUGGCUGUUAACACAUAUAAAAGUAUGA